AUGGCUAGCAACUCUUCGGCCCCUACCGGCGCCACUGAUGCAGUCUUGAAGCCAUCCGAGCCCGUGCCUGAGGGUGCGCAAGAGGUGCAGGGCAUCGACUUCAACCAGUAUGCGUCGCGCAGCAUCACCGUCGAGGAGCUGGUGGGCGGCUAUGCCAACAUGGGCUUCCAGGCGACUUCGGUGGGAGAGGCUGUACGCAUCAUCAACGAUAUGCGCGCAUGGAGAGACCCUGAGACCAAGGAGCCCACGACGAUAUUCCUUGGGUACACGUCAAACCUGAUAUCCUCGGGUCUGCGCGAGACGCUGCGGUACCUGGUCCAGCACAAACACGUUUCUGCCAUUGUGACGACGGCAGGCGGCGUCGAAGAGGACUUCAUCAAAUGCCUCGCGCCGACAUACCUCGGCGCUUUCUCCACUCCCGGCGCUGGACUGCGCCAAAAGGGCAUGAACCGCAUCGGCAAUCUCGUCGUGCCUAACAGCAACUACUGCGCGUUCGAGGACUGGGUCGUGCCAAUCCUGGACAAGAUGCUGGAGGAGCAGGAAGCGAGCAAGAAAACGGACGAGCCAUUGUACUGGACGCCUAGCAAGGUCAUCCACCGUCUAGGUAAGGAGAUCAAUGACGAGCGAUCGGUCUACUACUGGGCGUGGAAGAACGACAUCCCCGUCUUCUGCCCAGCGCUGACAGACGGAAGCCUGGGCGACAUGCUGUACUUCCACACAUUCAAGUCAUCACCAGAGCAGCUGCGCGUCGAUAUUGUAGAGGACAUUAGAAGGAUAAACACAAUCGCCGUGAGAGCGAAGAGGACGGGCAUGAUUGUCCUGGGCGGAGGACUGGUGAAGCAUCACAUCGCCAAUGCGAACCUGAUGCGCAACGGAGCCGACAGCGCGGUGUACAUCAACACUGCGCAGGAAUUUGACGGGAGUGAUGCAGGCGCACGGCCAGACGAGGCUGUCAGCUGGGGAAAGAUUAAGCUAGACGGAGAUAGCGUGAAGGUGUACGCAGAGGCGACGGUGGUGUUUCCGCUCAUUGUUGCGGCCACUUUCGCACGGGUCCAAAGGUCGCAAGGGCAAUAA